UGACUGUGAAGGACAGCAAACAUUAAAUGGAAGUUUAGCAGGCACAUAAAAAUCCAGAAUAUAAGGAAAGAAGUCAGUGGACAGCUUAGGAGGUUAAGUUUGCUCUAAAUUAGCUACAGCAGAAUUUACCAGAAUCUGCUACAGAGUUUCUCAUUCACUAGUAAACCCAGAUGGAACUCUACUGCAAUUUCAUUGAAAGUCAGUCACUAGUUUCAGAAAUGGUUCCCAUAGGGCUGAGAUGAAGUAUGAGGUAGGAGGACUAGGUAGUACACUGAAAAUAGGAGAAGAACUGAGAGGCAACUCAGACAGCCUAGACAAAUUCAGUCAAGGCAAAGAUCUAUGAGUUUUGAUGACAAUUGAAGAAUCAUGCAAUUUCCAGUUCCUUGGGAAAUGAGUAAUGCUAAGAUGGGCAGUUAAAGCCCUUAGAAAAUUAGAUAUAGCUAACAGUAGUUAUAUGGUGCAAAUUUUCUAUUUGCUGUCUUGUGAAAAUGGACAUGGUUGAAAAGUCCUGUUGAAGAUGAGUGUCAUCGUUCUGCAGUUAUUAUCGUGUUCUUCUGGACAGUGGAGAGUCUGUGACCACCUCUCUAAUGCUAAGAAGUGGGAAUCCUUGCCAAGUCCUACAUUGACCAAGGGCAGCUUAUUCCAGAUCACAUCAUGACACAACUAAUGCUGAAUGAGAUAAAAGGUCUAGACCAGUACAACUGGCUAUUGGAUGGUUUUCCCAGAACAGUUGCUCAGGCAGAAGCCCUCGAUAAAGAAUGUCACAUAGACACUGUGAUCAACCUAGACGUGCCAUUUGAGACCAUAAAGUGUCGGCUUACAGCACGCUGGAUCCACCCUGCCAGUGGCAGAGUCUACAAUCUUGAAUUCAGUCCUCCCAAAGUGCAGGGCAUUGAUGACAUCACUGGUGAGCCGCUUGUUCAGCGUGAUGAUGACAAGCCAGACACUGUGAGCAAGAGGCUUCAGGCUUAUGAUGCACAAACAAAACCUGUUCUAGAAUAUUAUCGGAAAAAAGGGUUAUUGAAAUCCUUUUCUGGAACAGAAACGAAUAAGAUCUGGCCACAUAUCUAUGCUUUCCUUCAAACCAAGUUGCCAGAUGUGAGCCAGAAAGAUGCUGCCAACCCCAGGUGAAUAUAGAUCAAACUUCUGCUCAUCUGUCAUAGCUCACUCCCGAAUACAUGAGAUUCUGCAAUCAAGGAUUUGUCCAAGUAGUCUACCAGACUUAUCAAAUUAAGUCUAAUGCUGUCCUUAACUUACACUAUGGUAAAAUUUUGUUGCCUGUGGUUAGCACUUCAAUGCUGUAUUUUUUAUAUUAAAUAUACCUAAUUUUAAAAAUACAGUAACUGUCUUUAACAAAA